AUGGCCUCCAAUCCCUCUAUUACCCCACCCAAUGCCAAGCUGCCGCCGGGGACUCCACUGACAGUAGGAACCCAUAGUGUCACUGUCAUCAAGUAUAUUUCAGCAGGAGGAUUUUCACAUGUGUAUACAGUAGAAUGCAGCCCUCCGUUUGAGGGUAGCUCGAUUGCAUGUUUAAAGAGAGUCUCUGUACCAGAUAAAGCCCAGUUGAACAUAUUGAGGGCUGAGGUUGACGCAAUGAGAAGACUGAAGGGACACAAGUUUAUUGUAUCUUACAUUGAUUCACAUGCAUCUAGAAUGGAUAAUGGAGUUGGAUAUGAGGUGUUUGUGUUGAUGGAAUACUGUGCUAAUGGUACGCUAAUUGACUUCAUGAAUACGCGGUUACACAACAAGCUGAAAGAGGAUGAAGUAUUGAAGAUAAUGUCGGACGUUUCCGAGGGAAUUGCUAUAAUGCAUUCUUUACAGCCCCCUUUAGUGCAUCGAGACAUCAAGAUUGAAAAUGUACUGAUUUCCAGCGACUGGACGUAUAAGCUCUGUGACUUUGGUUCAGCAUCAUCUCCUCUACGCCCUCCAAAAAAUAUCGAAGAGUUCAAAAUAUUACAAGAUGAUAUUUUGAGGCAUACGACCCCACAGUAUAGAUCCCCAGAGAUGCUCGACCUUUACAGAGGCCAUCCUAUAAACGAAAAGGCCGAUAUGUGGGCUCUUGGAAUUUUUUUGUACAAACUUUGCUACUACUGUACGCCUUUUGAAAGGUUCAAUCCUGAUCACACUCCAAAUUAUAAGGCUGAAGAGAUGGCUAUUGUAAAUGGGUCGUUUCAGUUUCCAGACAGACCUCCAUUUUCUCCCAGAUUAAAGAAUGUCAUCAGCAAGCUAUUAGUUUCUGAUCCUCAAAAGAGACCACAUAUUUACCAUCUCUUAGAAGAAAUAUGCAAGAUGAGAAAUGUUCCUGUUCCUAUAGAGAACUUUUACAAACAGAGGAAACGCAUUUCUCAACCUGAUGUUAACGUUUCCAAAGUUCUCAACUUAACUACGAACGUCCAAAAUGCUCCAAUAUCUACAACAUCUUCGAGGACUUCUUCUGAGAAAAGAGAUAAGGAUCCAUUUGCCAAGUUGGAUAAGAGCCGUUUUAUCAGCAAUUCGGAGGCUAGUUUGAAGUCCCAUCAACAUCAUCACAAUAAACACAAAAGUAUCGGUUCCCAAGCAUCUAAGUUUUCGGGACCAUCAUCAUCGUCAUCAUCAUCAUCGUCAUCUGAGUCGGUUCCAUCUCUUCCACCUCGUAGGACUUUAAGACCCGUCAGCUUAUAUGCAUCUGAUGAUUUUUCAAGUCCAAAGAUUCUAGAUCAAGAGAAACGACCUUCAUUGGAAGCUGCGAACAAGAUUAUCGACAGUGUAGCAAAAGAGCAAACAAUAGAACUAUCUCCGGGAAAUAAGAAUCACAUUGACAGUAACGUGGAUUUCUUGAGGGGGCUCUCCAAGAGUGAAAAUUUGAAAUCACGCAGAGCACAAUUAACAGGCGAGGGCUUGGGUCACAGCAAAAAGAGUAGCAUAGGAGGAUUGAAGAAUUUAUUGACGGGCGGGAGAGAUAGAGAGAGACAAGACAAGUGGUCAUCAGUGGCACCUUCCAGAUCUAGAACUCCAACACAUGAGAACCAUUAUGCUAGCAGGAGUACCAGCUCGGAGUCAUUAGAUCUCCAAACAGAAGAAUCAUCCAAAUCCAAGGUAAAGAGAUCCUCAUCUAUUCAAAGGCGUAUUAAAAUGCUCCUCAAUAAACCAGAGGACCCAGCACCUCAUACAGCUGAAGGGUAUGGGAAGUAUACGGAAGCAGAAAGGAAAAACAACAAUGCCAGUAGGGCUGAUAACAUCAUACGGAAUGUCUCCAAAUCGUUAGAGAAAGCGAAGACACCUCCAAGAAUAGUUCCUCAAAAGUAUUCUGUUGUGGAUCCAGUGAAAACUGCAGUCCCAUAUUCUUCCAGCAAGAAAUCUGAGGCUGAUAAUGGCCAGCACCACCACAAGAAACCACCUCCAAAACCCAAGAAGCCAGAACAUCUAACGACCUCUUUAAAUCUAUCUAAAUCAAAAAAAGUCCAGAACAAUAGCGAUGUUUGGGAUGAGUUUGAUGAGAUUACGGAUAAAGAACUGACAGAUUUACAAAUAGACUUUCAUAAGAGGUUCCCUAGCUCUCUUUAA